CUGGAAGAGCCGCGCAUUCUCGGCCGCCGACCUUCCACUCAGUCCGGCUGACUGCCCCCGGCAAGUCACCUUCGCUUGCGGCGAGCAAGGCAUGCCCCUGAUCUCCUGGGCGGCUCUUUCCGCCUGGACGCUUAGCGGGGAGACUGACCAUGAACCCUCAAUGCGCCCGCUGUGGCAAAGUCGUCUACCCGACCGAGAAAGUCAACUGCCUGGAUAAGUACUGGCACAAGGGAUGUUUCCAUUGUGAAGUCUGCAAGAUGGCUCUAAAUAUGAACAAUUACAAAGGAUAUGAAAAGAAGCCUUACUGCAAUGCACACUAUCCAAAGCAGUCUUUUACUACAGUGGCAGAUACACCUGAAAAUAUUCGACUAAAACAGCAAAGUGAAUUGCAAAGUCAGGUCAAGUACAAGCGAGACUUUGAAGAAAGCAAAGGAAGAGGUUUCAGUAUUGUUACUGACACACCUGAAUUACAAAGACUGAAAAGAACUCAGGAGCAAAUCAGUAAUGUCAAAUAUCAUGAAGAUUUUGAGAAGACAAAAGGCAGAGGAUUCACUCCGGUAGUGGAUGAUCCUAUAACUGAACGGGUGAGAAGGAAUACCCAAGUGGUUAGUGAUGCUGCAUACAAAGGUGUUCAUCCACACAUAGUUGAAAUGGAUAGGAGACCUGGAAUAAUUGUGGAUCUCAAAGUUUGGCGCACAGAUCCUGGCUCCAUCUUCGACCUUGAUCCUUUGGAAGAUAAUAUUCAGUCUAAGAGUCUACAUGUGCUUUUGGAAAAAGCAAGACGUAGCCAAUACCAUUUGCAUUCUACCAGUACUUCUGGCGUUGGAGAUGACAAAUCAGAUGAUUCUAUAUUUUCUUACUCCAGUGAGGCAACAAGGCUAUCUAAUGAAGGAGGAGCCCCUGUGCUUCCUGGGGCCUACCAACAAAACCAGCCCCAAGGAUAUGGUUACAUGCACCAGACUAGUGUGUCAUCUAUGAGAUCAAUGCAUUCACAGCCACAUUCAGCUAGCUUGAGAACUUAUAGAGCUAUGUAUGAUUAUAGUGCCCAAGAUGAAGAUGAAGUUUCCUUCAGAGAUGGUGACUACAUCAUCAAUGUACAACCGAUUGAUGAUGGUUGGAUGUAUGGUACAGUUCAGAGAACUGGGAAAACUGGAAUGCUUCCAGCAAAUUACAUUGAGUUUGUUAAUUAGUUCGGCAUUAACUUUUAUGAGCAUUUUGAUUUAACUAUAAUCUUUUUAAACAAAGUAUUUUUAAAACCACAACUUUAUGAUUUUCCUGUUAGUGUAACAAUCCAUGAUCAUAUGCUAAAGUCAACAUAUAGUCCAAUAGGAAUCUAGGAAUACUGAGCUCUGAAAGCAUGAUACUUAAAUGAUUUAUAAAAAAAUACGUUGAUGGUGGAAACUGGAUUAAUUUUGGUUAGCUCCCAAAUAGAAUCCUGCCUUUCUAGUAGGUUGUGUUUCUCAUAUGAAUUAUAAGUAUAAAGCAACUGAUAUUUUUUUAUUGUGUGACUUUGAAAUUGUAAGAGGCAUAGCUUACUGUUGAGGUUUGACUUAUUAAAAGUCCAAGUGCAUCGAAUCAAUGUUUUUGUUGUAAUGAAUGACAUGAUCAAAAGUUGCUUACUAUUGCUUUGCAUACCAUGUCCUUAAUGAUGAAAAAGAUUCCUAUUAC